CUGGCGUAAAAUUUGAAACCGUGGCGGUUGGACAAGAAAAAUAUUUUGACUGUCUAAUUUAAAGGGAAUGUUCUUGCUUCAUUGAAUUAACAAGUGUCUUAAGUAACGUAAAGAAAAGAGCGUGGAUAUUUUGUGAUAUAGUUUGAAAUCUAUUUUCUUUUUAUUAUUAAGAGAACAGAAGUUUUGUUUAGAAGUGCCGUAAGACGAGCAUGUUAAAACAAUAGGACGGUUUUACGUUGUGAGAAUUUCAGUGCCGAUAAAAUUAAACGGAAACUGCAAGAUACGUUCUCUUUCGUUUGGAAGAGGACGAGAAGGAAAAUGGGCAAUUGUCCAUCUAGCAGCCUCAAAGAGUUGUUUGAAGAAGUUACUUCGAUUGAGAAUAAACAGAAUGCUGCACCCGUAAGUAGUGGUACACCAGACAGGAUUACACUCAUCGAUCCGAGAUCUCCAUUGGUAGACGCAGAACGAACACCCGUCGAGGUGCUGUUCAAAUCAAGUGCUGCUGAGACAGACGAAGUGACAACGGAUGAUACCCACCACCAUAGAAGGCUGUUGAAUGAUCCCAGGUCCGCCACUGUUGGCAUAUCAAGAACCCCUAUUUUGGUGGAAAGCCCAUUGGAGCUCAACAGUGACAAUGCUGAGGCCCCUGUGGAAGAUUCUGCUGGUGUGGAUGAUAGACAAGAGUUUCCAAAGCCUGCCAUCACAGAUACUCCUGUCCUGCCCUGUGAUGUUCCCCAGAAAGUUGUAGCAGUUGCAAAGAAGCUGACAUUCGACGUAUCUCCGUCACCAAGGAAAGUAAAUACAGCUGAAGUAACAGUGACGGCCCGCAGUCGUGCACCGCUGUCUCACGUCCGAGGGAAUACUCCGACCGGAUCACAGGGAGCUCUCCCUGGCCGACGCCUGUCUGCGAAGGUGAAAGCCCAGCGGCCGAUGUCACCGCUGCAGCUGCUCCAAGUGCGGCAGCGCCUGGCCGUGAAGCGGGUGCUGCAGCUCACUCGGACGCAGGUGGAGGCGGAGGGGGAGAACUGUCCACCCACGAAUGUAGAGGGUGCCCAGUGCGACCCGGCAGUCCGGCCGAUUAAAGUGUCUGCACCCCCUGCACUCCCUACCAAGGACAUGGCCCUUCGGUUUUGACACUUGCACUGUAUCGAUUGAAAACUUUUCUCAUAGUUUGUUUUUAUUCUUCGUAUUGUGCCUGUUUGAUAUAAAGACUCUAUGUUUUGGAGGUUAUAUGUUGUAAACUUCAGGGGAAUUUUAAGCAAUAAGAUGAUCAAAGUGCAAUCCGUGUGAAAGAUGUCUUGCAACACAUCCUUUGUUCCCGUAAUCCUUUUGGGUUCAAUAUCCACUAACGCCCUGUAGCCACACCUCAUUCUCAAUGUCUCCCAUUGCCCUUACUCUGUUCCGUUAGCCCCACUCAAUCCAAUCCCCAUGUCAUCGUCAUCGUGUGCUGCACGAAAUCCCUGGCUCCUGUGCCAAUGUGUCAUUUCCUUAGCUUGUGGAGCUGCAACCUCUCUCUCCCGCAUUCCUAUUCUGGAUACCUGCUGUCUCUCUCUGAGCUGCCAGCUGGCUUUCACCAAUCCUCUUUCUGCUGCCAACCUCUUUUCUUUACUCGCCCACUCCAUCCGACAUAUCCCCUCACCUCAAUCUACCUUCCUAUGUGUGGUUCAAGCACGGUGUAGCUGUGUGUGGUGGGGAGGGGGAGGAGGGGAUUAAGUAUGUGUACUCUGGCUCGAAAAAGGAUUCGUCCAAAGGCUACUAAUUUUUUUUAAAAUGAGGCUUGGCAACAACUUAAUGCUUCCACUAUGUACUGACUUGUCAUCUUCACUCCUAGAUUAUUUGCAUUCUGCCAGAACUUUACAUUCUGUAUUUCAUAUAUGUCAUAAAGCGCUGUAUAAUAUUGAAAACUAACAUAAUUUAAUAAAGACGUUAUU